AAUUAAGUAGAUGGCGCCAUCUUAACUUUAUAGUUAGGAGUCAGCUGAUCGAGUGAAAUAUUGAUGCUUAUGUACUCUCAGUUGACUACUAUUUCAUUUGACUGUUUUCAACGAAAAGUUGUCACUCAUUGGAUCAUAAACAGAGAAACAAACGAGGUUUAAACGAACCCGAUCUAUUAUAAUAACUAUGUUCGGUCGUGUGUUUAUGUCAAAUUUUCGUAAUAUUUCGCUUCUAUCAAGGGUAUGGAAUGGACCCAACAGGGCAUUGGCUGGUAGAAAUGCUGAACAAAAAAUGAUAUCAAUUCUAAGAAACAAAUUUCCUCAAGCUAAACUUAUAGAAGUUAAUGAUGUCUCAGGAGGAUGUGGUGCAAUGUUUGAAAUAAAUGUUAUUGCACCAGAAUUCAAAGGAUUGAACACUAUUAAGCAGCAUCGAUUAAUUAACGAUGCGCUUAAAGAAGAGAUUAAGGAUAUGCAUGGAGUAAGAAUAUAUACAAGCGUUCCUGAAGCUUAGAUUAUUUGUUAUUUUUUAUAAAACUAUUUCUUAUAUCAUGUAGAUGUAUGAUUGAACUGUAUAAAGUUUUGUAAAUUUUGCAUAUAAAUAUUCAUAUAUACAUCUAGCAAUAUUUAUUUGUGUUCCAUAUAUAUAAGAUUCAAUGUUUGUUUAAAGGUUUUUAAUAAUAUGAAUCAUCUAUAUGCAUAAUAAAAAUGUGUACAAUAAAUGACUAACAUAAUUAAAUAGA